AUGGAAUUAGAAGCUCUACUCCAAGUCCUUGACUGCCUUUCACUUUAUCAAGCUCAACAAAUUAUCAUAGAAAUCCUUGAGAAGAAUCUCGUCGUCAGGGAAUGGAUGGUAACGUACUGGAGACCGCAAAUGAUGGAGAGUGGACCUGGGAAUAAGCUGUAUCAUACGAAAUAUGAAAAAUGGAUCGAGGAAUGUGAUGUUCUAUAUCUCCAUAUCAUAAUCAGACGCUUGAUUAUUGAAAGUGGUUUCAUCGAGGAAUCCUUGAAGAAGAAGUUGUUGGUUGAACAAGAGGAUGGCACAUCUGCAAUUCGCAAGUUCGAGCUGGAUACCAUCAAAGACCAUCCAUCUGGAUAG